ACGAGAAACUGCACUGCGGGGGAAUUCUAGUCGUAUCGUUGAUGGCAGGUGAAGGGGGCUUUGGAAGAUUAUGGCAGCACCUCCGCCAAACCUUAGGCAUGACAAUAGACUUCUUCACGUCCACCGACGUCGAGCAUGCCUGUAGGAACCAGAACAUACCCAUAGCGGAGAUACAGACCAUCAGCAUCCAGUGCGAUAUCUCGUCCUGCUUCCAUCCUCCUCAGCAACUCACUCAAGACGGCAACAUCCUUCUUGAUUUCCUGACUCAUACGGUCAACUUUGCCCAGAACGCCCCGGCCGAGAAUCGAGAUGAUGUGCUUCGGUUCUUGGGGAGUGAGGCUUGUUCAAAGACGGGACCGGCAGGGGAAGUACUCUUUAAUGGUUUUGAUGCCGCUGUUAUCAUACGAAAACAGUGAUGCCAGAUAGACACAACCUAAAGAAUAUUACUACUUUGCCCCUGCAUGAGUGCCUGAAGCGGAUCCAGAGCCUAUACUCCUUCCUGCAUUUUAGGAAGGAGUUACUUCUUUUUGCUUGCUUUUUUUUUGGGGGGGGGGGAGGGGGAGGCGGAUGGGUGGGGUUAAUAGCUGUGAAACGCAUUGAAGACACGUCGGUGCUCUGGCUGUAACUUUCUUCUAUUUACUUUUUUUCAAGAGGAAGAAGUUAAGAUAAGAUUGUUUUGAGGUGAGAAUGAUAACAACCAUGUCAGGGAGAAGUGAGGAUGAACGAUAAUUUUUAUUUACAAUUCCGAAUCUCGGUUACAGUGCAACAAGAUCCAUUUAAUCAACAACUGAGUGUGUAAUAAGCUGUUAAAUUGCAUCACCAUCUUCCAUUAAAUGAAUGGCAUUACUUUUUCAAGUGGAAAAUAUUAAUAAAAGUUCAAAGCAACUAUA